AUGAAACUUUUCUGUUGGGAAAAUAAAGCUUUUGAAAUUUCAACAAAUAAUAUAAAGCUUACGAACAAUAAAUCAGCAACAAUUUAUAAUGUUUAUGAAGCUUUAACAUGUUCUUCCAUUUCCACUCAGUUGUCGUGUAGAUGUUCGACCGUGCAGACUAUCAAACUGAAAGCUCAAGCUCCAAGAACAUUUCUUAUGAGCAAUUGGAAAAGUUCUUUAAUGGACCUGACAGAAAAGAAAUUAAAUCAACUAGAUUCAUAA